AUGUCUUCUUCGAAAAGGACAAGGCUUUGCACAGAGUAUUACCGGAAAUCUAAGACAUGUUCUUCGAACUUGCGAGGCUGUUUGAGUAAGAAAUUCUAGUGAUCGGCUUUCAAAUCGGUAGUGUUUGCCUAGCACUGUUGGCUUAAUCGUAACGGCAGGUUUUACUUUACUUUGUCUAACCUUGCUCUUUGUUUCGCUUUAAAGAGAGGGACAGGCCAAGAAGAAAAUGCAGCACUGAUCAUACUUCGAUGGAUAAAAAAUAUAAUCGCGUGGAAAGAGAGGAGGUCGGUGAAAAUUAUCGGACAUGUGUUUUACGAAUCUAUCGAUUAACCAUAAUUUUUUUCUCACUUCUUUGUUCUAUGCACAAGUCGGCGUCACUUGGCUAAAGAAUAAUUUAAAACGGUUUUUUAUACUAAUGAUACCGGAUCGAAAGUGAAAAUUUAAUGUUUUUUUUUUUAUGUCUUCUUUGAAUUAAUUGCAGUCGAUCCUACCCCGGUUUACACGAAAUCUUGACAAAACUCAAAUCCCCAAUCGAAAGAGGUUGUGUAAACUUACAAGUUCCGUUAAUCAGCGAUCUUCAUCCCAGAAAGGUAUGCAAGGCAUUGCCGUCUUACGAUAGUUCUAAUUUUUUUCCAAUGAACAUUUGAAAUGAGCUGUUUCUUUUUGUGAGCGUAUGUCUUUGUUAAUGGUCUUUCAUUCACAGCGUCUUUGUUGAUCGAGCUUCCACGUGCCCUUUGACUCAAUAUUGUAAUUGCUGUCACGAAAUAUUUGAAUGGAAACGUGUUGGCAUCAUUGAGUUGUAAACUCAAGUCGAGAGGCACGAAGAUAUCGCUUCGGAUGUGCAAAAGUUUUGUAGCCCUAAGUAGAGCAAGAUUUUAAGCGUAUUAUUUCAGGAAUGACACAAACUCAGCAUGGAUUUAGUAGCGUACCGAUCGAGUGACGCACAUGUUAUCUUUCCACUAUGACCCUUUACCCCAGAAGGGAUCAAAAUGGAAUUUCUACUUAAAUAUCUUUAAUUUUUCUAAAGUCAUAAGAAUUAUGGAAGACAUUGUGAAGAACUGUUAUUUAGAUCCUGGGAAUGAGAAGGUAAAAUACCUCCCUGCAGCAUCUCGACUGGUUACCAAUCACUUUGGUUACCAGUCAAAGGUAUCUUUAAACUUAUAGUUUGCAGGUGGAAACUGCAAACUCUAAGUGUAAAGAUUUUGACUGACCUUCACAGCUUUCCUAUGAAUGGUGGUUAAAUGCAUAUCAAAUCAAAUCUACUUAAAUGAGCAUAGAUUCAACGUGUAUAGCUAAAUAUAAUUGGCUACUUUACUAGUUUAUUGAUUUCAACUGCGACAAACUACAAGCUUAAAUGGCUGAAUAUAAUCAACUAGUGAACUAGUUAAUCUCUUUGUUUGUGGUUGGUGGCAAGGUGACUUUGCUGGGUGGCAACAAAUGGUUGGUGGCAAGGUGGUCUUAUGGUGGUGACUUUAUUGAUGGGGAGGUGACUGGUUACCUCUCAACUGACUUCUUUUGAACCUUGAGGUCCACAAUAUCUCUUACAUGCCAUUUUUAAUUUGCAGUUGUUUCAAACUGCUAUAUCAAAGCUGUUCCUGAUGAGGUUCUGCUUCAGAUAUGUUCCUAUCUUCAAGAGGGAGACCUUUGCAGUAUGGCACAAACAUGUAACAGACUUAGUGCCAUUUGCCAGGAUGGCUGUUUAUGGUAAGUAUCUGGGGAAUUAUUCAGUGGAACAUUGUUGAUCGUGUUGUGUGAAUGUAUAGAAGACCAUUAGUCCUGAAAGUGAGUCAGAUUUUGACUGACCUUCAGGCUUUAACAGGAUUCUAGUCUUUACCUCCAAGUUUCUAAGUGGGUGCCUCUCAAACUAACAUGCAAGCUAUGAAGCCACAUGAUGGAAGCAAGACUGAGAUUUUUCAUUUCUCUUUCAUCACUUAACUAAUUUGUCUUUAAUGUCAAUACAGGCGAUCCCUCUAUAGUCAAGUAUUUGAGAUGGCAAACAUUAUGAUAAAGACUUCUGAAGGUGUCUAUGUUAAACAAGAACCUGAAAAUGACUUGUCCUGGAAAAGAAGCUUCCGUACACUUUAUCAUGCCCAUCAUGUUCAUCCUACCACCGCAAAACAGAAGAAAUUAAAUCCACUACAAUACACAGGAAGAAAAAUUAAUGUAAGCUGGCUUUAAUAUAAAAAGUAAAUUUAAACAAUAUUCAUUUGGUGAUUCAAACAUGUCACUUUUUUAUGAGCAGGGGGGGGGUAUUAACCCUUUACACCCUAACAUCAGCAUGCAUAUUCUCCAUACUGUCCUCUAUACAUUUCAUCCUGUGCUGACAAGGAAAAUUUUUUUAACAAUCAAGCGCUCGCUUAGUUGGUGAUCAUUUCAUUUAUUCUCAUGACCUUAAUUUGGGAUUUGAGGGUGAUAUUGUAUGGAGGAAUUAGAUGCUGGUCACUCCUAAGGGUCAAAGUGUUAAGGCCAUGAUAUUUUUACCACAUUUGUGGUAACCUAGAAGAUUUUAAUUGAAAAUAUACAAUAUAUUGAAUGGUAAAUUGCAAUCUUUUUUUGUUAGAUAUUUUACACAACAAUUACAGAGAAAUUUAAAUUAAAUGCCAUGAUGUUUUUACCACAUUUGUGGUAUCUCAGAAGAUUUUAAUUUAAAAUUUAUGAUAUAUUGAAUGGUAAAAUGCAAUCUUUUUUAUUAGAUAUUUUACACAACAAUUACAGAUAAAUUUCAAACUUUUUUCAUUGGUAACUACUGUAUUUAUUAUUUUUUUACCCAGUUGUUUAAAAAUUUUCCUCUUUGAUCAUUUGAGUUGCCAAGAACAUAUUUCUUUUGUUUGCAAAUAAUUCAGUCAGAAUAAUUUCCAUAGUGCUCCUAGAAUCUAGUAAAAUCCACAUAAAUGUUCUCAUGUGCACUGUUGGGUGAUGCAGAAAGUUUUUACAAUGUCCCUUUGUCUUUUCUGAGAGAUCAGAACCAAUAAUGAGAUGGUUUAUGGGGUAUGAAUAUGUUGACAACCUGCAUAUUUUAUACUCUCUCUGUUUUUAGUAUCACGAAACAAUCAAAGAAGCUUUGGAUGCUGUACAAGAUGAUGGGGUCAUAAUUGUACACAGUGGUGUGUAUGAUGAACAGCUGUCAAUCAGCAAGCCUGUUGCAAUCAUUGGAGCAGGUACACUAUAAUUUUACUAAAUUAUUUCUAGAAGCAUAGUAAAUGUUUCAUAUUUCUCUCAAGUGGUCUCUAAAUUAAUCUUUAACUUGCAGUGAAAAGUCUGUCACUAAUUAGAGUGUCAUCUUCGGUGGUCUCUACGUUGAUCUUUAACUUACAAUGUAAAGUGUGUCAUCAGUUCGAGCUGCAUUUUAAUUCAUCAUUUGAACUUCCUACUGACUUGCCAAUCCAAAACUGUUCCCUCCCUGUUUUGCAGGCAGCCACUGUCAAUGUAGGGAAAGGAAAUUUACAUCCUGUGGGUUUCACACUACCCUCCCCCCCUCGCUCCCCAGUUUGCAUAUAAGGAGCCUCUUUAGACUAAGUGUGUGUCUUUCAACAUCAAUGAUAAGGGAUUUUCAUGAUAACUGUCACUACUUGCUUCCCCCUUUCCAUUUUGUUGUUCGAUUCUUUUUCCAUUUUCCUCAUUGAGCUCAUCCAAACCUGCAUGUGACAUCUUUAGGAUCCAGGGCGUAUAACUUGGAUUUUGAAGGAAGGCAUGAAGUGUCUUCCAAGGCAAGGUUCUGAAUUAUGGAUCAUGCUUGUCAUGAUACAUUUAUGAUUAUUAAAUGACUGUUUUUCAUCUCCACAUCCUAAGACAGACAAGACAUCACGAAAAGUUAAGUUUCGGUUAACAUUUUAACCAGAAAUGAGCGACUUGCUCACGGGAUGGCUUCUUUUUUUAUCGACAGCUAAGAGCAAAGAUGAUCCUGUCGUCAUUCAGUGUGACUCUUCAACAGUUGUUAGUUUUAUUGCUGGUUCAGGCAGCUCUUUCCUUGGGCAUGUUACCUUGAAAGUAUGUACAGAAAACUGCUCCAAGGGGUAAUGUCAAAAGAAUAGGGAACCUUACGGAAAAAUCGCACUACGCGCGCUACUUUUAAAGAAACCAUGGAAAACUAUAUAUGACUGUAAAGCUUUUUAAGUAUGGAUUGCGGAAGUAACAUUUUUCGAAGUUUUGAUUUUGGUAAGCGCGCGCGAACCUUUAAACUCAACUCUUUUGUGGGUUUAUAUCUGACAAAUACUCCGGCCGAUUCUCACGAUAAUUUAUCAAAUCUACACUCCUUUUUUGGUUCGUUCAAGUAGAGGCAGUUCGCGUAAAAACAAAUCUCGAAUUUUCGGCCUCCUAAGAAAUUCACAGUUUUCGCACCUCAUUUACGCGCGUGUCCAUGCGGUUAUGCCGCCGACGAAUGAAACCCAACAUCGAACCCCUUGGUAAAUCUCGUGACAAGGAACUCUUGAAAUUCGCGGAAAAGGUCAUUUUGCGAAACUGGGAACACGAAUUAAUAUGCAAAUCAAGAUCCCAGACGAGAGCCCGCGAAAAAAAGUCAACACUCUGCCGGAGGUCUUUCCUGUUAUGACACCUUUCGCUCUUGGGUGCUAGUUACCCUGAAACACUCUUUCAGCCGUAUUUCGCGUUCUUCAUAAGAUUUUAAAAUUUUUUUGGUAAUUAAACUUAACUACUUUCUCUAACUAAAUAGCAAAAAAACGAAAUUUUUAAAAUCUUGGCUAGACUUAGCACAAAAAUUAAUAGCACUGCAUUACGCGUAUUUUUUGCCGCUGGAAGAUUUGAGACGAGUCGGGAGAGGUUUUUUUGGGGGGUCUGGCACUAAGAAUGAUCAGUGCCAGACCCCUUGCAGACCUCUCGCUGUUUCUUGGAAAACUUACCCCCCUUUUUUCAUUUCGAUGGACUUCCUUGUUCACAGAAUUGCCCAAACGGUGAAUCUGAGGUGAUCAGAUCAGGAUGUGUGGAGGUUGUUGAUGACUGUGGUCCUACAAUCUACAACUGCAAGCUUAAUAGCCUUGCUAGUGGUAAGAGAGAGACAUUAGACGUCAUUUAGACGUCAUAUUUAUAAUUUUUUUUUUUUUAAAGUUCAAACAAACUUGUAGUAAUGUCAGUAAUAUGUGGGAAUCAGUGGACAGUUGAUUUUAUUUUUGUUCAUAGCUGGUGCCACAGUUUAUGUACAUGGAAGAGGAGCCAGACCGAUUUUGUCAAAAUGUUUUAUCUCAGACUCAGAAAAUGUUGGCAUUUUCAUCACAGAUGAUGCGCAGGUGAGAAAUAAUCCAAAAUUUACAUCAAAUUCCUGAACCCCUUUCCUUGCUGAAGACUUAUGGGGCCAGUUAUUCACCCCGUCCCGUGGUCUAACCCAAGCCGCGGUUUUACGUAAGCAGUGGGCCUCAGGUAUUCUCUAUAGGGGGGUUGAUUAAAUGAACUAAGUGUCCUUCCACUAACAGCUUUCGGCCCUCUUUUGGCUAAAUUGAAGAUAGCUAAGAACGCGGUUUUAUUAAACAAUGGCUGAACUUUGUUUGAAUAACUGGUGUUAGAAGAAUUACUCCUUAACACUCGGUUGAAUUUUCUUUAUUUCCGGUUUGAACUCCUGGUACAAUUAUUACUCUCGGAAACCAGCCCAGUAUUGAUCUUAUUCACCACCGUUCAACCUAUUUCUUUCGACAUAAGUCCAUACUGUUCUGCUUUGCUAUAUUCUCUCAUUGAGAAAUGCUGUGCACCAGCUUAUAAAGGUGACACCAAAAAUGACGCUUCUAAGCUGUCAAUCUUCUUACAUCGCGAUCGCUCCGUUUCAGCCAGCGAAUCACGUUAGAGUACGUACGACAGUUCCUGCAUACUUAGUAUGCACCUUCGAAUUGUUUACGCAAUCACAAAAUCAUCUUCUACCUUAAAUUUCUUAAUUUUACGGUUAAGAUCGGGCAGAACGAAGACAAGAUUGAUAAUAUAAAAAUUAUAAUUAACCUUUUGGUAGAAUUGAAAUUACGCUGGAAAAGAUAGUUUACGAGAAAAUAGCCUUAGAAGAUUGUUAUAUAACAACAGAGUCAACAGAAAUUCGGAGAAGAAGGGGUGUACCCAAGGUACCGCCCCUAAGAAAACUAUUCGAAUAAGUUAUAUAAUUACAAAUUCAGUGCGGAGAUGAAAAAGCAUAAGCUAUUUACAAUCAGAGUCACCUUUUUAAGAAGAGGUGUUGAAGGUGUUAACUUAAAGUUUAAGAAAUAUUCUGGAAUCGUGAAUUUGACUUAGAAUUUGACCAAAAAAAACCAUUCUGAUAGUAAUCAAUAGUAUAAGAAGCAGGAGUUUCCAGGAAUUCCUGUGCGAGGUUAACUUUUACCAGAGAGAUUUACAACUAGAAAAUUGACAUAAUUAAAAACAUAGUUUAUCACAAAAUAGUACAACAAGAUCUAAUCACCGUAGAAACGGAGCAACUGUUUCCGUACCAAAUUCACAACCGCAAUAAGAAAAGAAAAAAUUGUACUUAGGUGAAAAAUAAUCAACCUGUUAUAAUUUUUUGUAUCGAAUGGCUUAAAGUAAUAUAAUAUUUCCAUUCUUUUUCCCAACACCAAUAUAUGGAAACCCUUACAAUAUUUCAGGUUAAAUAUAGUUCUAUUUUUAUCGUUUAACACUAGUCCGUGGAGUGUACUCAAGUGUGGGUCAUCAAAAGACAUAAGGGAUUUCAUGCCAGAGCUUUUGCCCCGUACGGCAGAGCAGGAAAUGAAUUGACAAAAUCAUUCAUGACUUACCCUGUUACGAUAUCGUAUUGGAGACCCCCACUACAUCAUUUUGACGAGUUUUCCUGACAGUUUGCGUGGUCUUUAUCAAUACUACUGAGUGGAAAAGACCAUGUAAGAGUAGGCACUGGGACCUUACUGUAAUGACCCAGCCAAGGCUUGUGCUUAGACCUCUCAAGCUAGCACGCGAACUACUGGGCCGUUGUCUACUGGUAGAAGAAAAAGAGAAAGCUGAACAUGCCUUUACACUUUUGAUUGUAACUGUUUCACAGGGAACGUAUGAAGACUGCGAGAUUACAAACAUCAAGUUGGCAGGGGUGUGGGUACGGAAUCAUGCCAGUCCUAUCAUGAGAAGGAAUAAAGUGCAUCAUGGCAGAGAUGUCGGCUUCUUUAUCUUCGAUUAUGGAUUGGUGAGUUUUUUCGCAGACUAUUUCAAUAUUUUAAUAUCUCUGUCAUUCAACAUCCCAUAUAAUGACAUAGCGCGCGGUCUUUAGGUCUUAUUGAACCAUCUUGGUCUACAUCUCUUUUUAAGAUAAGCAGAAUUACGCACGCAUUUGAUCGGUUCUUACGUAUGAUCAAGAUAAUAUUCUCUUGGUAUGAUCUAUUGAGGACAGACGCAUAGAUGACAUCACCAUAAAUUACAUUUUGCCUUUUUAUCAUAUAAGACAAGUGGGUCUGUUUAGUAUUACUUCACAGAUGACGUGAAAAUGUGGUAAGAAAGGCACACGAGACGCUGUGCAAUAGAUCAUAAGUUAGAACCAAUCAAACUUGGUGUACAAAACAGCUUAUCAUAUAAUUCUUGAGAGGCACGGCCGUGUGAACGGCCGUGACAUUUUGCUCCACAUGGUGUUUGCGCGGUGGCAUUUUGCUUCCAGUUUUUUCGCUUUUGUCAAGCGUUCUUGUUUGUGGGAAAAAACUAGCGAAGAAAUGUGUAAGCAGUACACCUGAAACUUCCUCUACUAGUAUAUACUAACUCUUCUUCAGGUUUUCGGCUUUUGUCAAGCUAAGAGCCCUAAAAAAAUUGAAGAACAUUUAUUUUGAGCUUUCAUUAAAGAAUCUACAAUUGCUCCUGGAUGCGCCUCGAGCAGUUCCUCAUCUUCGGCCGUUUUAAAGGGCUGCUGUUUGUCACACUACAGACUAAUAAAAUAGUUCUUGUAAUUGCAGGGCUACUAUGAAGGAAACGAUGUUUACAACAACCGUAUAGCCGGAUUUGAGAUUCGGUCACACGCCAAUCCAACAGUCGUGGGAUGUAAAAUACACCACGGUAUGACGGGUGGCAUAUACUGUCAUGACGAUGUAAGUACACUUUGUUUCAUUUACAUUGCAAAUGUAUUUGUGUGUUUUAAAAACUUAAUGGUGUAUAUUUAACUAACAGGCGCGUGGUGAAUUCCUGGAAAAUAAGAUAUAUUCUAACACAUACGCUGGAGUUUGGAUCACAUCACAGAGCAAUCCAACCAUAAAGUAAGGAAGAUUUUCGUGUUCUUCUGUUUAUUAGAUUGCAAAAUUUCUUCAUGAGUCUCCUUGUUCGAAAUCUCUCACGUCUUUUGGAUUAAAAAAAACUUCGCACGCAAAACUUGUCAAUAUUCAAUGCCGGGGAAAAUUUGUCUAAAGUAGGUGCGCACUCAUCAUGAGUACACCUUGAAGGAAGUGCCUUCUGCACUUGGCGUAGCCUGCGAGAAGGUCCUCGUAAUAGCGCUGCAGACCGCGCAUUUCUCCGCCCGCGGGAACAUAUGAGACGAAUAUCGGUAAGGUUUGGCGGAGGUCUGGCACUAAUGAUGAGCAUUUUCAGUGCCAGACCCCUGGCAGAAAUCUAGUUGAGCUGCAUUGCUCAAGGCCUCAUAUACUAUCCCACGAGUGAAGAAACGUCCGUCCCGAAGUGCUUAUGGUGAGCGCAUGCUCACAGGCUGCACUUGGCAUUACCUCAAUUUCUUGAAAAGCAACUAUUUAAUCUGUGAUUUUGCUAUUUUUUGCAAACUCUGCACAAACUCCGGCAUGGUUAGCUCUUCGUUGUGCAGUAUGAGAGGUUUACCAUUUCGCUUCUAGCUUCUCCUUGACAAGAUUACGGUUCAUUUUCAGCUUAAGUGCGAAGUAAACUUGCUAACUACUUUAAUUUAUUGUAUUUUAGAAACAACGAGAUCUACGAUGGACAACAAGGAGGUGAGCGACACUUUUUGUAUCUGAAUUGCUUUGUUAUGGUCGUUACUGUUUUUUUCCGUGAUCGCGCUCAUCAAUACACCAUGAAAUUGACAUGAUUAAGAACAUUACGAAACUCGAUAUAACUGCACUGAAAACAUGCAAAUAAAAGUUAAUCGCCAUCAUGUUUCUUUAGCGCCAUUGUGGUGAACUGGGAACUUAAUCAAGAUUUCUCUUUAAAUCCAAGCUACCUUUAUUCGACGUGAUUGAUAAAAAUCCUACGAAAGCAUUAUGGUCUCGUUUGUCUUUUGUAGGAGUUUAUGUAUUCGGCGAAGGAAAAGGAUUGAUUGAAGGAAAUAACAUUCAUGGUUUGUAUUAAUUUUGUCUCUUAGUCCUUUCUUCAAGUUUGUCAAACAGAUUGUUCAAGUAAUCCUUUGUGCCAGAGUUUUCUCGAUUAAGUACAACAUAAGCAAAAUUAACUACGACAGUCAAUUGGACCUGAAAGAAAACAUGGAUCAAUGUCAGUAUCUGAGCAACUGCAUACCUACCCCUCCCCUAACCCAACAGUAACCCUGACUUGUUAUCAGUUGACUGUUAGGGGAGGGGUAUGUGUGCUGUCAGGUAUUGACAUUUAUCCCAAAACAAACUCAACUUACUUGAAGUGCGUGAUAACGCGAGCGAUCAAGUCAUGAUUUUGUGUCUCAUUCGCUGAGGAUGGCAUGAGUUUUAACGACCAAUCACAGCGCGCAGCAAAGGGAAACCAGUGCAGUUUUGUAAAACUCUUGAUACUACAACAAUUCAUAUGACGGAUUUUGUGAAACUUCUUCGGUAACUUAUCAAGGUGUUCUUUGGUUUUUUCCCCAUUCAGACAAUGCGCUGGCCGGAAUCCAGAUCAGAACUAAGAGUAAUCCUAUUGUUCGCUGCAAUAGAAUACACAGCGGACUUCACGGAGGAAUUUAUGUGGUAAGUAUUUACAAAAGGCCAGUGCAGGAAACUAUUGAUAUUGUAUUACAUGAUGAGCUGAAUUGUACUCGCUUUUUUAUUGGGUCUUACGUAUCACCUAUUGGAAAAGAGACGCAAAGAUGACGUCACAAUAUACGGCAUUUUGUUUGUUAUCAUAAGAAAGAAAUAGAUUUAAGUUGCUGUGCUUCUGUACAGUAAUAGAUCGCAGAAGAUGUCAAGAUGUGAUGAGAACGUCGGUGGCACACUCGGCUGCUUCUCGUGUGCGACUUUGUUGUUCUUAUUACAAAUUGACGUCAUCUGUGAGUUAUGUUCUCAAAGAACUAAUCAAAAAUCAUUCAUAAUUCUACGUUUGUGCCCUGUUCCGCGAGUUUGUCUUUGGCAAUCCGUGUUAAUCUUCUCCAUCCUUUGUUACACUUGUUCUUCUUGUUCUAGUAUUGCCUUCUUCGGGUUUUUUUUAAUACCCAAACAGAUAUUUUGUAUCGCUGCGUAUCCCUAUCAAAAUAACUCAACAAAGAUCCCCUAGAUACUCUUCACCCAGGAUGUGCACACUUGCAUUUCUGAACCACGAAAAAAAAUGGGUAUUUUCUCCUUUUGUGUGCCGCUAUGACUAAAACAGCGAUUCUGCAUCAGAUUUACCGGCUUCUCUCACGAGGAAUCUUGUCGUUUUUAUUCUCAGCACGAAGAAGGUAUGGGACUCAUAGAGGACAACGAAAUCAACAAUAACACCCUGGCUGGUGUGUGGAUAACCACAGGUAUAAACAAUUAGACUGGAAAAGUACGCUGGGGGAGGAGAGGUGCUGCAAAAUUUAUUUUUGUGGGUGGGGGGUGGUUACACCCACAUCUUGCUGACUUAAUGAAAUAGGUCAUGGAAGACUUAGUUCGGAAUACUUUAUUUUAUCCUAUAACUUGGUGAAGACUGAUGAAUUUUAAUUGGAAAGUAUUCUUAAAACACUGCAAUGAAAAUAAUGCCUACAUGGAAACCAUCCUUAAGUCUCCAUCAUUGAUGUUCUUCUUUGCCUUUCCUUGUGCUUAGGAAGCACACCUACGCUUAGAAACAACAGGAUCCACAGUGGAAAACAGGUAGAACUCGUCAACAUUAGCUACAUUCAUCAAUAGAGUAAAGUUUUCCGACGGUAAUGCCAUUAAAUGUUUAAAAGACAACUUUAUUAAAAAUUGCUAUUAUUUAGGAUUUUCUUAAUCUUGCUCUGAACAAUUGAAACCAACAUAAUUAAGAGAUAAUUUCGAAUGUUCAAAUUAGAUGAAACUGAUAUUGAAUCUAAAUGAAUAGAAACAAUAUUUGUCUUGGUAAACUCCCUUGGGAGCUUAUGCACUCUCUCUACGUUUUAGCUUGCAGCUGAGCGUACCUAAACUGGACAUAACAAGCAAACAAUUCUGUGUAACGUUAACACUCUGCACCUUAAAUAACCAAAGGACACGGAGAGACAAAAUUCAGCCAUAACGAACAACCGUUUUGUUUUUCAGAAAUUGACGCACAUCCUAGGACUGGGGACAAACAACUGCACUUGAGGUUAAAGCACAAAGCUAAAUCGAGUUUAACCGGUUUGGUCGGUUUGAAAUUGUAAAACACGUCCCAAGUUUUAAACUAAGUAAACAUAAAAAGUGCACCGUAAUUAUUAAAUGAAAGGCUUAUCUUAAAUUAAAAAAGUAUCAAAUUAACUUGCCUACAUUAUCCUCUAAACUAAUUUUAUUUCUAUUCGUUUAUCAAACAUGUCGUUUGACUGACCUUACUAUGAUGGCUUCAUAACUUUUAAACUAAGUUUCAAUUUUAAAAAAAUUGCUGAAGCUUGUUACAAUCAAGUUACAUCAUUUAAAAUGAAACGUUAAUUCUUAAAUGUCCCGUAAAUGUUUUUAAAAGGCAAAGUGUUUAAAAGCAAACUUUUAAAUCUUAUUUUUGAGAAAUUUAUUCACUUUAAGCUUUUCCCCAUUGUUGUUAAACUCACUUCUAUAUAAAUUUAUAAUGCCAGUGUCACUAAGGUGAUAAACUUGUCUCCGUCAAGUGUCCAGUCUGCCUUUCCAGCCGAUGUAUUACGUUCUGAGCCAUUUUUUUUUAUUGUUACUGUCGCUAAUAACUUAUUCGAAAUACACUGCUCCUCUGAAGUAGGUUGGGGUACCUUACCUUAAAGAAAAUUCGAAAAUAAUAUUAUGCGAGUGUGGACGCUGACAAAACUGCAAGCAACUCAAACUAUAGUUGCCUUUUUGCAUGUUGUGAAGUAUAUAGGCUACGAUUCUCCAUAUAUUAGUAAGGCGUCAAAACGUUAUGGAAGGAAACCUUAGGCGAGUUUGUCAAUGAAGGAGCAUUCGGUUAGACAGCUGACAUGGCUCUUCAGUGGGGACAGGGAUUCUCCUCCUUCCCCCCCUUCUGUUCCUCAGUUAUUUGUCCCACUCAUACUUGGAAGCCUGACUUCGGGCAAAGCUCAAAGAAGCAAGCUUUAAACGGCCUAAGGAACUUACAUUCGGUUGUCUUCCAGGUUGGAGUGUACUUCUAUGAUGGAGGAUGUGGAAUUCUCGAGGAAAACGAAAUCUUUAAUCACAAAUAUUCAGGAAUACAAAUAAGGUAAAGAUAACAACAAUAAUAGAGACACAAAAUGACAUCUUUCUUCGAUCGACGACAGAACCCAAUGUUGAUCAUCUUUUCCAUACUCUUUUCAAAACUGUAAUAGUUGUGUAUAUGGAGCAAACGCCUAUCUGCGUAUAACAAGGCGCUUGCGCUCGUAAGAUUUCUUAUGUGUUUCAACUAUAAAUUCGUAUGCAUGUGAAGAACUUGUGAAAUGUAAUUUGAAAGGAUUUGAGAAAUAAUAUCCAUUUCGAGCUUGUCGAUUGGUUCUUGAAGCUUGCAAAUCGAAAAAAUAAAUAAAUAAAUAAAUAAAAGAAACGUAGCACUUAUGCGCAUUAGAGCCUUGAUGGCACUUGGUGUCUAAACCUGAACGGAUCCAAAUUUUCAAUUUGGACCUCCUAGGGAUCGUUUGAGUAAAUGUGAUCAUACUUGCACCGGAUUCGAACUCAUGGCCUCACACGCCUGUAUGACGCUUAAAUCAACUGAUCCUUUAGGCCAACUGCGAGAUAAACCAGCUCUCGCUUCAAACGAGCUUUCUAUUUUACUAACCUCGUGUACUUGUCAUGAAAUGUCUUGUGCUCUUUCCUUGCUGUAGAUCGGGCAGCAAUCCCUGUAUCAGAAGAAAUAAGAUUUGGGGAGGACAGAAUGGUGGCGUUCUGGCCUACAACGGAGGUAGAGUAUUUACAAAAUUAUCACACUAUGCCUUGGCUCUGAGCAAUUCAUAUCGCCGUCCUUCAGUUAUUUAUUUAUUAUGCCUUAAAUCAGAAACAAAGAAACAAACAAAAAACUUUGGCUUUAGUCGUUUUUUCAUUCUUUAUUCAAGGUCUUGGUCUGUUGGAAGAAAAUGAGAUUUUCGACAACGCGAUGGCAGGAGUCUGGAUCAAGACUGAGAGUAACCCAGUCCUCAGGAGAAACAAGAUUCACGACGGUCGGGAGGGAGGGGUGUGUGUGUUCAACCAUGGAAAAGGUAAGGCUUGGAACUCCUACGUAAAUCCCGGAACAUGCCGUGUAGAGUUAGGAAUCCAUCGGGGCUGGAAUUGUGUCCUUAAACCCUUUCGACAUACCACGGCUAAUUUAACCUUUUAUAUCUUAAUUAUUUCUCCCUCUUAUGUGCAACACAUUUCUUUGUAAACUUAGUGGUAGAAAUGAAACUUUCAAGCUUCUCCGUUUUUCUAUUCUCCUAUCUUUGUACUGGACAACAUGUUGUUCCAAGGACAAGUUAGUUGCGAGUCACUCCAAGGAAAUGAACGAGUUCAUCAUUGUUGACGAGAAUACCUGACCUGCCGGGACCGUUUCUCGAAUGUCCUGGUAACUUAACGGCCCCGGAGCCAUAUUUUGAAAUCAAAAGUUAUUGAAAAGGGAAGGAGGCUCUGGCAACCUGACCAGUCCAUUUUGUUUUUUUGGCUGCUCGUUUUUCUGUUUAAUUCUCACAACUUUUCGAAACCUCCAUUUUGAAUAUAAAAACAGAACAACUUUACGGGCCCGUUAGUUUAGUAGGGAGUUUAAGAAACGACGGAGGCGACGCCGUGAACAAAGUCGGUUAAAAAAUGAACUUAUAUUUUACCUGCGAUUCUCGCGAUACUGUAAAGUCGUUUGGCUUGUUUCUCACUGUCAAAACUAUUUCUAAAUUGAAUAUGGAACACAGCGUUAAAUAAGAAAUAGAAAUUUAAGAAAUUAGCCGUCGUCGUUCACGUUCUCCAGACAACACAAAGUUUGGUCAUUUUGCGUUGUUUCGCAGAGGAGGCAAAGAAAUGUACAAAGAUUUAUAACACCGUGCACAGCCAUUGUUCUGCUCAUUAAAAUUUGCCGUUACCAUAGUGGUUUUCUUAAACUCCCGAAUCGGUUCUUCGAGAAAUGGGCCCCAGGAAGACCGCCAUCUCUUGUCUACAAACAGUUGAUGUACCUCACUGUCACUGAUCUACUAUUUUAUUCCUUUUCAGGUGUUUUGGAGAAUAAUGACAUCUUCAGAAAUGCCUUGACAGGUAAGCCUCGUAAAUUUGGAUUGAAUAAAAGUUCGUUCCCUGGCAUAGGUCAGUCUUCUUUACUCUCUUGACAGAAAUCUGAAUAUUACCUUUCGAAGUUACUUAAAGCAAUAAAUAUUUUUCUGAUACAUGGUUUAUCUGUUAGGGUUCGUGGAAAUCAAGUGUUUUAAAGCAAAAACAAAGUGUUGAAAACGACCAAUCAGAAAAAAAGGCGAUGGAAGUACUUUAAAGAACCAAUCAAAUAAAAAAAAACAUAAGCAAACUUCUUUAAGGGCAAGAAAACGCGAGUUUGCUAGUCGUGAUUGGUGUUAGUUUGGCAUCUGAUAGAAGAAUAAGAGGAUGGCGGGAGUUUUGAAGACUAAUAGUUGAAAAUAACUCUCACUCAAAACCUUCGAUGAAUCGUGUACAAUAAGUCCGUCAGUAUUUUUACUAAACAAUGUAUUGAUCCUGUGCACUUCUCUAUUGUUCAGGUGUGCUUAUCAGUACAGCAAGUUUUCCUGUGUUAAAAAGCAAUCGUAUUUUUGAUGGUGGUGCCGCGGGAAUUGAGAUAACAAACAGUGCUGGUGAGCAACAUAACUCCUUCACUAUCAGCACUCUUUAUUGAAUGAUCUUUAGAAAAUCUCACCUCCCUUUGCUCCAGCCGUGAAUUUUUGUUAUCACUUUUGUUUCUCUAGAUCUGUGCACUUCAGAAAUUGAAAAGAAUUGACUUUGGCAAUAAAAUUCAUCUUGAAUUUGCAAAUCAUCAAAAAUAUUAAUCUUAAAAAUGGUCUCGUCGUACUUUCAUCGAUUCUCUAAUUGACCCGAAAUGAGUUAACCCUUUAACUCUCAGGAGUGACCAAGACAGAAUUUCUCCUUACAAUAUCAAGACAAUAUCAACCAGACAGGUGAUGAGAUUAAAGAAAAGUAUCAGUUUGGGGAUAAUUAGUGGAUCCAAUGCUAAAUUCUUUAAACAUUGUAACAAUUGUAUGGUUGACAGUAAGGAGAAUCACAAAUUUGGUCUGGGAGUCAAAGGAUUAACUCUUGCUCGUUUAAUCUCCUGACCAUAAACUAACACUGAAACAAAUCAUGUCAUCCCUACUUUUUCAGGCGGAGUUCUAGAAGAAAACGAAAUCUUCAAUAACCGGUUUGACGGGAUUUGUCUGGCCACUGGUGUCGAGCCCAAACUUAGCAGUGAGUAUAAUGUUUGACUUACCCCUACCCUACCCGUUUAUCACUGUUACAUUCUCUGGCGCUAAUAAUUACUACUCUCCCCUCCCUCAGAUAACAAAGUACACGGUAACAGAAGAGAAGUUGAGCAAGCUAUAGAGUCUUGUCGCUGUUUGUAUCAAGUGUCUGGUAACACAUGCUAUCCGAUGCACGAUUUUUACAGGUAAGCAUACUCAAAGGUGUUAAGCAUUUGACUUUUCCUAACACUGUCAAUACAUUUUCCAGAAAACAACUGAUAAAAAAGACAGACGUUUAAGGCGUAAGGUGUCAUCUUGACAAAAAAGCAAAUUCUCGUUAAAGAGAUAAACAAGGAAAUGCAUACGCGAAAAUUGCUUCAUGGGUUGGAGGGCUAUUUUUAUUUUUAUUGAUUGAUCUAUUUUAUGUUCCGUUUUCUAUCUCUUAGCGCCCUGCCGUUUUUUUGAGACACCAAUUUACCAAUCUAAGCUGAGUUCAGAAUAUAUUACUCACCGUCCCCAUCGUUUUACCCCUCAAUCUUUUUGUUUUUCUGCUGGAUAGUGACUUAGUCAGCAACUUAGUCCAGCGGUCUAUCAGACAUUUUAAUAAAGUUCAGAUAUAACGCGCGUUGUCAUUGGUUGAAAGAGUGUGCUCUAUGAGUGUGCUAACCCUUUAGCUCAGCUCUAUGCUCUAUUUAACAAUUAUAUAAUAAGCUCAGUUAUGCACGCAUUCUGAUUGGUUCUCACUUAUGAUCUAUUGGAGGACAGACGUAUAGAUGAUGUCAUCAUUAAAACUUUUUUUUCCGUAUAUUUUAAUUCUUUAUUAUAUAAAACAAAUAGAUUCCAAGUUGCCGUGCGUCUGUUCAGUAAUAGAUGACAGAUGACGUCAAAAUGUGGUAAGAACAAAAAAGUGGCACACGAGGCGCAGCCGAGUGUGUCACUGAUGAUAUAAACUCUCAAAAAAAAAAAAAAGUUUUAAUGAUAACGUCAUCUAUACGUCUCUCCUCCAAUAGAUCUUGAGUGAGAACCAAUCAGAAUGCGUGCAUAACUGAGCUUAUUAUAUAAUUGUUAAAUAGAGCAUAGAGCUGAGCUAAAGCUGUCACGCCAUCUGCCAAAUUGUACUAUGUUCGAUCUUUUCCGGGACUUCCUUUUUAGCUUUUUUUCCGAUAAUUAAAAGUGAAAUUUCGGAACAAGCAAGCCGGCAAGUAGCAACAGAAGAACCAAACAAAGGUUUGUAAACCUACCAGGCGCCGUAAUUUACGCUAUUAAAACGUGAGCAGAUACGAAAAUCCUCAAAGGAAAAACAAAAUAGACAUUCCGAGUUUUAAAGAUUAAUUCACGCACAGUUAGAUUGCAAGUUUACGUACGGAAAUAAAAAUCAAACACAGCUAUCACUCAUACAGUAUAUAAAGUUCAGUGUUCAAAAACAAAACGUGACCAAAACAGAAAUGAUGAAAAAUAUAACCAAUCUGGCAUAACUGUUAAAAUUCAUUCUAAUCAUGACGGUGUCUGAGCGAAUAUGAUCAUGCUGAAGUCCAUCGCGGCUCGCUCAUCACAGUAAAGCAAGCCUCAGAAACUACAUCGGCCACCCUUCGAAUGAAAAAAUAAGAGCUUGCUCUGAUAUCCUUUCCGAUGCGUAGAGUGGAAAGUCACAUCUGUCACUGCAGCCGAGUUUUGCCGCGCUGUCAUUCCUAGCGAUCUUCAUGUUCCGGUGAAUUGGGCAGUCGUUCAUUCAAAAAACACUCGCCUUGAACAGUUUGUUUUCUACCUUGUCAUGUGAAAAAAUUCGCGUGUUUUUAUGAGCCGUAAUUCGGCUGAAUUUCACGGAACAUUUCACUUCAAGAUUCUGUAUUAGAGACUUAAAAACUUCAGGCAAAAGUGUUAAAUUCGACCUGCCGAACCAUUUUAGUUUGUGAACUAUCGUAAAUGUGAACUUUGAUGGUUUUUGAACUUUGAUGGUUUGACACGGUUAUAGCGGGUUUCGCCCAUAACGAGUUUCGCACAUAUCGUUUCGCCCAGAACGAGAAUGGUUUCGCCCAGAACAAUAAAGGUUUCGCCCAUAAGUAAAACUUCUACACUCUCACUCGGAAAACGUCAACCUUAUAAACGUUUGUAUGCACAGAAUGAAGAAAAGUGACUUGACCUGAGAUCAUGAAAUUUUGAAACGAACAAGUUACUGUUGAAACGAACAAGUCAAUUAUAGCUUUCACUGUGGAGCGGGGAUUGUUAAGGUAAUUCGCGCACGAAAUACUGCAGAGACGUCCGUUUGUCGUAAAAGCAUUGCUAUGAUUUUUUUUGCAUCACUUUUCUUCUCGAGAAUUAAAUUAAACGCUUUUGAAAACACUUGCGCGUGGAACAUAUCAUCGUUGCAAAUCUUUUGUACACGGAAGAUAAGUUCCGCACGCCAGCUUAUGAAUACAUGUGAAUACGGUUUCGUGAAUACUAAAAAGUCGUGUAUGAACAUUGUAUGAACAGAAAACAAAAGCCCGGUUACCGGGCUCAUCUAAAGCAUAUGUCUAAAGAGGCCCUUAGCCUGGAUAAUCACUGACUGUCAGUCUGGGCGAAUCGAAUUUAUGCCUGGGCGAAACCAUUCUCGUUAUGGGCGAAACGCUUCUUGGGCGAAACUCGUUAUGGGCGAAACCCGCGGAUACCUUUGACACUUUUGACAGCUUUUGUCUUGUACAGCCAAUCAGAUUAUUUGAACCAUUCUAACAGGGAUUCUGAUUGGCUUAUUGUAGCGUGCUUUAUGAGAGUAUAGAGCAUGCUGACGACACUGUUGUUCGCUUUGGAAAUAAAGUUUGUUUUGAAAAUUGAAAGUAAUGCUAAGGGAAUUUAAUGGAUUCUUUAUUAUAAAACAAAUAGAGAAGCCUUGACUGUGCUCUGUUCUUUUAUAAAGCACUUAGGAAGCGGCUAGAGCACUCAAGAAGUGGGGAGAAACACUCGGCUACGUCUCGUGUUUCUCCCUACACAUCUUUCGUGCUCUAGCCGCCUCCUGCGUGCUUUAUAACAGAACAGAGCACAGUCAAGGCUUCUCUAUUUGUUAAAUAAAGAUUCCGUAUUUAGUAUAAAUUUAGUCGAUUACGUAGUUAGUAAAUAGUCAUAAGCAUUCCAAAGCCAUAUGAACUAACUGAAUUCUGUUAUUCAGUCACCACUGCGUGAACACAAAUUCAAUAGAUUUUGUACAAUCAGUUGGAGAGCUCUUACGUUAACGUUGCAGCGCUGUUGUUUUCUAAUGUUAUCUUUGACUGGUUUCUUAACCAGUCAUCACUGCUUUCUUGAUAUGGAUGAAUCUCUUGACGUAUUUAUGCUAACCCUUAGGUGCACCACUUGUGGUACGUCGGAUGGCUACGCCAUUUGCGUCAGUUGCGUGAAAGGGUGUCACGAAGGACAUGACGUGAAGUUUGUCAGACGUGACAGGUACAGUAUUACAACACUUAAACCACUAGUUAUAUAUGUGACAGUCUGAUUGAAUAGACAAGAACAUCAGUGACUCACCCGGCUGCACCUUGUGUGCCACGUUUCUUUUUCACCUCUUUUUGACGUCGUCUGAAAUCUAUCACUGAACAGAAGCACAGCAACACGGAAACUUUUUUUUAAUAAAUCUGGAUUUUGAAACUGUUAUUCGUUCCUCUAAUUGAAGUCAGUUAUCCUUGCUUCUUGUUUGAUAAGUGAUAGGUUGAAGAGACUGAAGCUUCGUAGGUUUUCGUCAAGAAAAAAACCCUUUGAGACUCCAUAACACUUUAAAAAUAGACUCCAUUUUGGCAUGCGUCUGUUUUACAAAUAGAUUCCAAGUUGUCGUGCGUCUGUUCAGUAAUAGAUCACAGAUGACGACAAAAGUGGCACACGAGGCGCAGCCGAGUGUGUCACUGAUGUUCUUACCACAUUUUGACGUCCUCUGUGAUCUAGUACUGAACAGACGCACGGCAACCUGGAAUCUAUUUGUUUUAUAUAAUAAAGAAUUAAAAAAAGUUUAAAUGAUGACGUCAUCUAUACGUCUGUCCUCCAAUAGAUCAUAAGUGAGAACCAAUCAGAAUGCUUGCAUAACUGAGCUUAUUAUAUAAUUAAUUAUAGAUCACAGGUGAUGACAAAAUGUGAUCACAGAUAUUUCUAUUACAUUCGGACGUCUUCUGUGGUCUAUUACUGCACAGAGCCAUGACUACAGGGAAUCUGUUUGUUUUGUAUCAUAGAAACGCAAAAUGCUGUUAAUGUCGACGUCAUCUAUGCGUCUGACCUCCCAUAUAUUAUAAGAAAGAACGGCAGUGCUGUAUCAUUCAGUUCAUCGUCUAAUUUUUAAUGAUGAGAAUCCAGCAACAAGGAUUAAAUCUCCAGUAUUAUACAUGAACGAAUUUUGAAUUGAAUUUAUAAUAACCAAAUCAGCCACAGAAUUCGUUGGUGUACACUUCUCCCGGUUUUUUCGUUAAUCUCUUUCCCUGCUCUCAUUUGAUCUAACUCCCGUCUGGGAAGGUUUUUUUUAAGUUGGUUAACUGUCGAUUAUUUCGACGUUUGAGAUGAUCAGAAAUGUUUUCAUCCAUAUUUGUAGGUUUUUCUGCGACUGUGGAGCAGGUUCUAGUGGAGUUCUGUGUAAACUUGUUAGCGGCAAUUGCUGGUCAGUGGCAUCUCGGACGCAGGCAGCUCGAGUGGCCAGUGGUGGUCAAACAGAAACGUCUGCGCAAGAAGUUAGAGACAAUCAGGCUCUUUGCGUUUCUUGACGAUUCGACGAUGUUGAAGAAUCUUACAGUGACAUAAAGAUUUAAAAGUAAACAAGUCUUAAACUACUCUCAACACAUACGUACAAGGAGAUCAUUUCUUUGCUUACCCUUCUCAGCAAGUACAUCUCUGUCGCGCUGAUCUGUGAACUACAAAUGUGCAGCUUAACUUUUUCAGCUUUCUUUGAUGUAAACUAUAUAUACCGCACUAUAUAUAACUAGGAAUGAAGCAGGAUGUUUUAACUGGAGGAGGAUGGGGAGAAGCCUCCAGGCUAUUUGUUUUAUAAUUUUUUUUUUCUUGACAUCGAAUCAGCCACUUGCUCACAAGAACUUGCUCCCCUCCCUGAAUUUGCACGUUUUGUGAAAGAUUCCAUCAAGUGUGUUGUAUCAAAAUCGCUAAAUCACAAUAGUGAGGGGAAAACAGUUGCGUUUGAAAGCAACUAAAUUGUGCCCUGUGCUAUAUUAUAACCCUACAGUUUAACCAGGUUUUUUAAGAUAUUUCGCUUAAGGGGAAUCUUGUUUGGAAAAAAAUAUACAUUUUAUCAUCUUAACACGGCAAAUCGUUCGUUUCAAAGUAUUAAUGAAGCGACUAUUUAUGAUUCUUUCAUGAACAGUAUUUAUUUCUACAUGUGCUUCAUCCGAUAGUCAACAGCUCAGUAAUCAAACUGGCGAGAUUUUUAUGCAUAGUCCCAGCUAUAACGUAGGUGUAUAUAGUGAUAGAAAGAUAAGUUAAGACAUACUAAAGACAAAAAUAUGCUUUGAGAGAGAAAAGUAUUUAUUAAUUUAAGAGAUGAACUUCAUGGGUAAAAAGGAAAAUAAACUGUUCUACUGGAAAUUCGAACUCUCUUUGGUAAUGUUAUGGAGUGAAGGCUGUCGGGUGGACGCUUCUCAAUGGGUCAUACAGUGAUAUCAGUCAC